CGACUCUUCACCAAUUAAACAAUUAGAAGACGCUUCAACUUCUCUCACAGAACAAGUCAACAACUAAGAUGAGAAGAAAUUUUCAUCUUUCUCUAUGUUUAAUAUGAAAGAGAAACCCAAAGAUAAUAUCAAAUCUUCUUCUUCAUGAUCAAAACCUAAACAAAAAUAACACCAAAAAAACUCAAAUGAAAUUUCUCUUGAUUUAAAAUUCUUGUAUUCCAAGCAACGACUUGGUGUUUUGAGUGUUCUCUUUAAUGGCGAGGAAGAAGCAUCGAAAGCUCUUCCCUACCUUAGCAUCAGAGACAAACAAAACGUUAGACUGCUCGAACGGAGUCUGCGACCCGAUUUGCCCUUACAAUUGCUAUCCAGAACCCGAUUACUACACCAUAUCACCACAGCUACCUCCAUGGUCAUCGUCACCACAACCAUCUCCAUGUCCAUCUCCAUCUAUCUCAGCCGUUUAUCUACCAUCUCAAGACUCUUCAUCUUCCUUAGACGCCAUAUCCAUCAUCACCAUAACCGGUGCGGUCUUAGCCAUCCUUUUAACCGGAUUCUUUCUUGUAGCGAAAUUCUUUUCAGACAGCGUAAACCGUGUCAACCAAGGAACAUAUCAAUCCGAUAACGAAGACAACGACACGGUAAUGGAGGAAGAGUUUCAAGAUAGGGAACAAGUGGAUCACCCAAUAUGGUUAAUAAGAACAACAGGUCUACAACAAUCGAUCAUUAACUCGAUUACAAUCUGUAAUUACAAGAGAGGAGAUGGUUUAAUCGAGAGAACAGAUUGUCCAGUUUGUUUAAACGAGUUUGAAGAAGAUGAGAGUCUUAGGUUAUUGCCUAAAUGUAACCACGCUUUUCACAUCUCUUGUAUUGAUACUUGGCUUAGUUCUCACACCAAUUGUCCUCUGUGUCGUGCUGGUAUUGCGAUGAUUAGUGUCACCACUCCACGGUAUUCUGGUCCGGUUGAAGUAACUCCCGGAGGAUCAGGUUCACAUUUGGAGAACGAUGGAGUUGAUGAAGAAGAUCAUGGAGAGAUUGAAAACAGAGUUGAUUCUGAUUUUAAAGAGAGUGAUGAUUCAGACAUAAGAAUUGAGAUUUAUAGAUUUGAUUCAGACGGUGAUGGAUCUGAAACAGAGACGAAAGAGAGAGUUAGGGUUUUGAAGGAGUGUAUGGAUCCAAAUGGAGGAGAUUCAGUAAACUCUCUCUCGCAUACGAAAACCCAUGUAGAAAGUGUAGAUUUUCCGGGGAAAUCAUGCGAGAAUCAGAGUGAGGAAUUCACUAGACAUAACGGAGAAGAUGAAGCAAGCUGCUCUGAGGAAAACGGUGGUGGCAGCAACCAAUUACGGAGAAGUUGUGAUUCUGGUGAAUUGAACGGCGAAACAACCGGAGAUGAAGGGAAAAGUCAGUCAGACAUUUCGUCGAGUACGUUGAAGACAAAUGGAAGCUCCUCCUCUGUUUCAUGUUUCAACAAAAACAAGAGUUCGGUUUUUCCGCUGUAGUAAAGCGUCUCUACGAAAAGCAUUUUUUCGAAUGUAAAAAGAGUAAUGCACAAGUGUUCAAUUAUACCUAGCAUGACUAAUUCAAAAAUCGGAAGACUUCAUAGUUCAUAGUUCAUUCAAGCAUGGUUAACUUAAAGAUUCAC